GGCUUUUGGUUUGUUUGGGUUGUGGGCGGUGCGUGCACAGCCCGGGAAAAGCGGGAAAUGGCGGCGCCGAGCGCGGGCUCUCUGCCUGCCCUCCAGCAAAAGGGGCUGAUGGCUGCUGACAGGGGGCGCAGGAUACUGGGAGUAUGUGGCAUGCAUCCUGACCAUCAGGAAGCUCUAAAAAAGAACCGAGUGGUGCUGGCCAAACAGCUGUUGCUGAGCGAACUGUUAGAACACCUCCUGGAGAAGGACAUCAUCACCUUGGAAAUGAGGGAGCUCAUUCAGGCCAAAGUGGGCAAUUUCAGCCAGAAUGUGGAACUCCUCAACUUGCUGCCCAAGAGGGGUCCCCAGGCUUUUGAGGCCUUCUGUGCGGCCCUGAGGGAGACCAAGCAGGGUCACCUGGAGGAUCUGUUACUCACAACCCUCUCUGGUCUUCAGCACGUACUCCCACCGUUGAGCUGUGACUACGACUUGAGUUUCCCUUUCCCGGUGUGUGAGUCCUGUCCCCCUCACAAGCAGCUCCGCCUGUCUACAGAUACUGUGGAACACUCCCUAGACAACGGAGAUGGUCCUCCCUGCCUUCAGGUGAAGCCUUGCACUCCUGAGUUUUAUCAAACACACUUCCAGCUGGCCUAUAGGUUGCGGUCUCGGCCUCGUGGCCUGGCACUGGUGCUGAGCAAUGUGCACUUCACUGGAGAGAAAGACCUGGAAUUUCGCUCUGGAGGGGAUGUGGACCACAGCACUCUAGUGGCCCUCUUCAAGCUUUUGGGCUACAACGUCCAUAUUCUACUUGACCAGACUGCAAAGGAAAUGCAAGAGAAACUCCAGAACUUUGCCCAGUUACCUGCUCACCGUCUCACUGACUCCUGCAUAGUGGCACUCCUGUCUCAUGGCGUAGAGGGUGGCAUCUAUGGUGUGGAUGGCAAACUGCUUCAGCUACAAGAGGUUUUUCGGCUCUUUGACAAUGCCAACUGCCCAAGCCUACAGAACAAGCCGAAAAUGUUCUUCAUCCAGGCCUGCCGUGGAGAUGAAACAGAUCGUGGGGUUGACCAGCAAGACGGAAAGAACCACGCGAAACCCCCCGAGUGCGAGGAGAGUGAUGCUGGGAAAGAGGGGUUGCUGAAGAUGCGACUGCCCACUCGCUCAGACAUGAUAUGUGGCUAUGCCUGCCUCAAAGGGACUGCUGCCAUGCGUAACACCAAACGAGGUUCCUGGUACAUUGAGGCCCUCACUCAAGUGUUCUCUGAGAGGGCUUGUGACAUGCACGUGGCCGACAUGCUUGUUAAGGUGAAUGCACUUAUCAAGGAGCGUGAAGGCUAUGCCCCUGGCACAGAGUUCCACCGAUGCAAGGAGAUGUCUGAGUACUGUAGCACUUUGUGCCGUCAUCUCUAUCUGUUCCCAGGACACCCUCCCACGUGAUGCCACCUCCCCAUCAUCCAUGCCAGAUGGAGGCCACUGGACCACAGGAGGCAUGAUAGAGCCUUUUCUCUUCAAGAUGCACGGUUUCUGUUCUUCCCCCUCAGGGAUUGAGAAUCUCACAGACUUGUUUCACAUGCCCGUCGUCUCUGCGUUUGAGUAUGGGACUACAUGCCAGCUUCUCCUGUGUAAAGGCUUCUCCCUGUAGAGCUGGCUCUGGCUCGACUUGUUGCCAGGAGUGUUUGGUUGCAGUAGAGGAGCCUGGCAAAUGAUGUUUUGAACACAGUGUCUUGAUGGGGAGAAGGCACGUGGAUUUCCUCGAUGUUUGUGUUCAGUUCCUGCCCCCAGGGUUUUGUAGUAGCACUUUCGUAAUUGCUUUUAUUACAUUAGUUAAGAUGUUUCCAGAGAUCAUCUCCUAUCUUUUCCUUCUUUCAUAUCCCAACCACGUUUCUCCCAGAGUGAGAGUUUGGAAGGUGUCCUGAUUUAAUGUAGGCAUUUUUCAUUUGGCUUCAAAAGGGCAAACAGAACUAGAGACAUACUCAGUUGCUGUGUCUGCAGAAAUGACCUGUGCAUUCCCUUCAGAACUGCAAGGCCACCCAGCGGAAAGACAGUCUUCUGAACUCAAGGAAUUCAGCCUUUCAGCAGAGCUUAGGGUUUGGAUGCCUUAUAUCUGUAACUUCGUGAUCUUUGCCCAUGGAAGUUUCAAAGAUCUUUUAAUCAGUUGGCUCUCUCUCUGAGCUUUGUUACUGAAAUGAGCCUUGCAGACAAUGUCAGCAGAUAAGAGUGGUUUGUACUCUGUAACCUGUCACCAUAUCUUCUCUUUUCUUCCUAUGAAAUGUCCCUUUCUAUAGAAGCUUCCUAGUUGUUAUCUCCUUUCUUCCUGUUUCUCCUCUCUUUACCUUUAUUUCAUCCUGUUUAUUGCUGCCCCCAAAUCUGCUUAAGAUACUGCUUAAUUGGAUCAUUGGCUGCUCAAGGAUGUAAUGCAGUAUCUUGUUCCUGCUUUCAGCUUCAGUAUUAAAUACUCUUUUGAUAUUAUAUGGCCUGUUUCCCCUUCCCAUUAUGUCUCUCCAUUUCAAGGAGGGCACUUUUAUGUGUUAUUUGGUUACCCUAGAAGCCUUAUUUGUGCUCUAGUGAAACUUUCCUGUUCUUUAAGGCCUUCUCUUUUGCUUCCAUUCUUGCCCCCUCCAAUCUAAUCUCUAUGUGACAGAUUUUGGGUUUUGAUUUUUAAAUAUAAGCCUGAUCAUGUCACUCCCCUGCUUGGAACCCUUUGGUUUCCUAGUACACCUCAAAUAAAAUCCAGACUUCUUACCUUGGCCUACAGGGCCCUUGCCCUCCCUUUGAAACCUCAUUAAGUACUGAUUUCCCUCUAAACGACAGCCCCAGUGACUUCCUCAGUUUCGUAAACAUUCUGAGCUCUUUCCUGUUCUGGACCAUCACAGACAUUCUUCUGGGGUCUACCGCUCUUGGCCUUCUUCAUUCUUCAAGUCUCAGCUUAAACGCCACCCUCUUGUGGAGACUUUCCCAGGCCGUUCUGUCGGUAAACAGUCUUCUCCUGUGCUUCUUUAUUACUGCGUCCUGUUUAAUUCCUUCAUUGCACAUGUCACAAUCUAUAAUCAUAUAUUUACUUACUUCACCUGUUCAUUUCUGUCUCCCCUACUAGGUUGUAAGCUCCAUGAGAGCAGAAACCUUGUCUCUCUUGUUCACCCAUGCCUGGCACAUGGUAGGUCUUCAAUAAAUGUUUGUUGAAUGAAGGAAGGAAGAAAGCAACCCUAGCUAGAAUCCUACUUUUUGACAAAAUUUCCCUUUUGACAAUAUACACAGCUGAGCAUUUGUACUAUUUUUCCAUGUGUUUUGUUUUAUCCACUGGUAUUAUUAGCUUCUGAAGACAGAUGUCACGUGUGAGACAGAUGUCAGUGUGAGACGACUUCCUCCACUUCUCCCAUGAUGCCUGGCACAGUGCCCGGCCUACAGAAGUUCAGGUGCUCAAUAAAUACUUGUUCUGUGAGCCAGAUGGUUUGGAGACUUGCUGCCAAGUCCUGCCCUUGGGUCACUAUUGUAUGGAAGUAUUUGGGUGAUAGAACCUUUCCACUUCCCACUGCCAGGAUGUUAUAUUGCCAUCAGGUGCCAAAUAAACGCUCAUAUUUAUUACUGA